UCUAAAAAUAGCAAUGGAAGUCACAGUUGUCUCCAAGGAGAGAAUUACACCUUCCAACUCAACACCCCAAAGCCAUAGAUAUCACAAACUUUCCCUCUUAGAUAAAUUAGCUCCACAUGGUUAUACCCCAGUCCUCCUUUUCUACUCCACCACCUUUGACUUGGAAGAGAGAUACAAUAAGCUUAGGGCAUCCCUUGCGGAAACCCUAAACCACAUGUAUCAACUAGCCGGGCGAGUUGGGGCCAAACAUUCAGUCAUGUGCAACGACCAAGGCGUUGAUUUGAUCCUCGCCAAAGUUGGGCAAGACAUGUCAAAGGUGACCAAGCACCCGAGGAUCGAAACCCUGAGACAACUUCUACCCGUGAAGCCAGAGACAACGUUGGACGAGGAUGGUGUACUUGUAGCGGUACAAAUCAACACGUUUGCCUGUGGUGGAACCGCGGUUGGCCUUUGUAUCAACCAUGUCAUUGCAUAUGGUUGGUCGCUCGCGGUUUUCCUCAACACUUGGGCAGGCAUCAAUCGCCACGACGAAAAGGCAACUAAAGGGUUUGUGCUAGACAGCACUUCCAUCUUCCCAGAAUGCAGAGGAAAUGGCAGAGAUGUUUCCAUGCUGCCAUUGAACUUAGAAGCCCAAGCCCCCAAGAUUGAGUCCCGGAGAUUCGUGUUUAAUGAGGAUAAAGUGAUGGGCAUAAAGGAGAAGAUGGGUGCCAUUAAAGGGGGAAACAAUUCCAAUAUCCUCCCCUCCCGGAUCGAAGCCGUGUCAGCAUUUAAUGAAACCUCCACUCCCACCACAAACCAUAGGGAAUGUUUUCCAUGUCAUAUAGACUAUAAACUGCUAACUGAGAGGGUACAAAGAUCAAUCAGCACGGCAAAAGACGGGUACACGAAGAUCAUGGGGGAGCUUGAUGAGUAUUUUAGGAGACUUGGGGAUGAAGAGAAGAGGGAGGAUGUGGGAAUGCUUAAAGUAAGCAGUUGGUGUAGGUUCCCUUUCUAUGAAGUUGAUUUUGGGUGGGGAAAGCCCAUAUGGGUAGCAAAUGCAAUAAAGGCUAUGAAUGUGGCAAUUUUUAUGGACACUGGUGAUGAAAAGGGAAUAGAAGCAUGGGUGGGAUUAUCAGAGGAAUGCAUGCUUAAGGUUGAGAAAAACCAAGACUUCCUUGCCCAUGUUUCUUUUUGCCAAUCUGUUUGA